AUGAAUAAGGUUAAUGUCAAAUUAAUGAGAUUGUUUAAUAAGUAUGGUGAAAUAAAAGAUGAAGUUAAACAAGAGGAGAUCAAAUGCGAGAAAGUUAAAGAAGCUACCUAUCCACCGAUCAACUUUUCAUGGUUAGUGGAUAAAAAAAUAGCGGGUAUGGGUUGCCCUCAAAGUGUCGCCAGUUUAAAUUAUUUAGCAGACGUUGGCAUCAAUCAAUUAAUUACCCUGUCGCCUGAGAAGAUCCCGCCGUUGUUGGAAUGCGAUAUAAAUUUCAAAUGGACGGAAAUAAGGAUCAAGGAAUUCGGGGCGCCGACCUUGAAGCAGAUUAUCAAAUUUAUUGAAAUCUGUGAAAGAGCAGACAUCAGGGGAGAGGCAGUUGGUGUUCACUGCCGCCAUGGUCGAGGACGAACUGGUACAAUGCUGGCUUGUUAUCUGGUCUGCUUCAAAAGAAUGACGCCUGAAAGAGCCAUACUCACUGUUAGAACCUUGAGACCAGGCUCUUGUGAAACAGCUGAACAACAGCAGAUGGUGUGUCAUUAUCACGAUUGUUUAAGAGGAACUAUAACAAAACCUGACUACAGGCUUGUCGAUGACAAAUUAUAUUUCGAUUUAUCAAUGAAGUACAUGUACGACGAAGAGAAGAAGGAAGAGAAAGAAGAACAAGAAGAAGAAAAAGUGCAGGAGUUACAUGACAAAGAAUUUAUGGACGAAUUAGCUGUGAAGACUUUUCUACACGAAUUAAAAAAUGGAGGCCGCAAAAAGUCGAAGGCAAUGGUCAUUAACCACAAGAUAUAUUUUUAA